AUGGAGAGCCGAAAGGACAUGGUUAUGUUUCUGGACGCGGGUCAGCUUGGUACUCUGGUUGGCAAGAGGGUCUCCAAUUUGUCCGAAGCCGUGGGCAGCCCGCUGCCUGAGCCGCCGGAGAAGACGGUGACCCGUGGUUGCCUGAGCCCGCGGGCCGGCCCUCCGGCCGUCCGGGAGCGCGGCGGGGGAGGCCUAGAGGAGGAGCCGGUCGACGGACUAGCAAGCAGCGCCGCGGGGCCGGGCGCCGAGCCGCGGGCAGCCGGGGCUGCGGUGCUCGGCCCCGGACCUCCGGCCCCUUCCGCCGACAACCUCUCGGGUCAGGGGCAACCUAGCAGCUCGGACACCGAGUCGGAUUUCUAUGAAGAAAUCGAGGUGAGCUGCACCCCGGACUGCGCCACGGGGAACGCCGAGUACCAGCACAGCAAAGGGCCCAGCUCAGAGGCACUGGCCGGCAGUCCCAACAGCGGCAGCGAGGCCCCCAAGAGCAACAGCAGCGGCAGCUCACAGGGCACCCUGGCCUGCAGCGCCAGUGACCAGAUGCGCCGCUACCGCACCGCCUUCACCCGGGAGCAGAUUGCCCGGCUGGAGAAGGAGUUCUACAGGGAGAACUAUGUGUCCAGGCCGCGGAGAUGCGAGCUGGCCGCCGCCCUAAACCUGCCGGAAACCACCAUCAAGGUGUGGUUCCAGAACCGGCGCAUGAAGGACAAACGGCAGCGGCUGGCCAUGACGUGGCCGCACCCGGCCGACCCCGCUUUCUACACGUACAUGAUGAGCCACGCGGCGGCCGCGGGCGGCCUGCCCUAUCCCUUCCCGUCGCACCUGCCCCUGCCCUACUACUCGCCGGUGGGCUUGGGCGCCGCGUCCGCCGCGUCCGCCGCCGCCUCGCCCUUCAGCGGCCCUCUGCGCCCGCUCGAUACCUUCCGCGUGCUCUCGCAGCCCUACCCGCGGCCCGAACUGCUGUGCGCCUUCCGCCACCCGCCGCUCUACCCCGGCCCGGCUCACGGACUGGGCACGGCGGCCGGCGGCCCCUGCUCCUGCCUCGCCUGCCACAGCGGCCCGGCCAACGGGCUGGCUCCCCGCGCCGCCGCCACCUCGGACUUCACCUGUGCCUCCACCUCCCGCUCGGACUCCUUCCUCACCUUCGCGCCCUCGGUGCUCAGCAAGGCCUCCUCCGUCGCGCUGGACCAGAGGGAGGAGGUGCCCCUCACCAGAUAAGGGGCCGCCCGCGGGCUGCCGGCUACAGGACGCCCAAGCGGGGACCCCCGCGGGGACUCAGCCAGCGCCCCUCCCCGCCCCCAGGGCACCGAGGGGGAAAGAAGAGGGCCGAAAAGGACCAGAGGGGCUCGGCCUCGGCCUCGAGGAUCGGGACGCCCGGGAAGCGGCCGUGGCUUGGCCGGCGCGUUUGGGGAUCAGGAGUGGGGAUGGGGACGCGGGGGCUGAGAGACCUUCUUCUGGGGCGGCCUCUCUUUGCCGUUUUUCACCGGACCCAUUACCCCUGACUGGAGUCGGGCCGUGGCUCCAAAGUCAAACAAAUUGAGUAGCAACAGCAACUGAUAUCCAGCCCCUCAGUACCUCCUCCCACCCGCCACCUCACCCCUGCCUCAACCGGGACCCCCCCACCCCCAUCCCCAAGGCCAAGCCCAAGCACUGGAAAGGAAACUGCUGUCUCUCUGAAAAAUGCUGUGUAUGCAGAGCAGAUAGAGAUUAAUCUUUGCCAGCUUUUCCAAGGCAUGGCAAGGGGCUCGUGGAUGGCAAUGCACCAGCCAUCUAAGGGGAGAGAGUAAGAGAGGUGAUUUACUGUCCCGGAGGAUCCUGGCCCUCCCUUGGAACCUUGGGGCUCUCUUGCCUUCCUGGAACCUCAGUUACAAAUUUUCUGGUUCUGGUCUACCAGCACCUGAUCUCUACUCUUUCCUAGCUUCCUGAUAUCUCUCAGCUGGCAACUCCGCCUCUAUUACUUCCAUCCCACCCCCACUUUUUGUUUAACAUGGGCAGAGAGCCUGCAGAAGCCUCAGGGCCUCUUGGCAGCUCCUACCAAGUCUCUCUUCUCCCUGGGCCCAAUACACACCCUGAUUAGCAAGUGAUGUGUGUGAGGAGGAUUUUUGAAUGUUGAAUGUUGAAUGUAUAAUAAUGAUCACCAUGCGAUGGGCCGAUGGGCCGCCGAGUCCAGAGUUGAACUGUUAACAAGGCGCCCAGGGAAGAGCUUAGGGAGCGGGGACCUCAUCUCCCUCCCUCAGUAUCUGCUAGCAAAUUAGAGGCUAUUUCAAGCCUUUGCCUGUUCACCUUCUCUUCACCAAGAGCUUUCUGGCUUUCUCUUUGCACUUGGCAUUUUACAUCCUUCUUCGUCUCAUUUUUCUCUCAAGCAUCCACUGGGGCUUGGCUUUCAGAUACUAGCAGAAGCCUUUGGCCUCUUCUGGGGACCUUGUCUUUCCCCUUCACUGGGGUUUGCUUGGGAGCCACUCUCAAACUCUCACUCUCAUACUCAUUCUUGCAGCCAGUUUUUGAGGGAUAGGAGAACGUGUACCCACCAUAACAAGCUUCACCCUGAUUGGGAGGGACUGGUUCUUCCUGUAGGGAAUGAAUUUGGUUUGGUUUUCCUUUGAAGUCUGAAGAAUUUGCUGUUACAAUUUGUUAACCAUACUGCAAUAA